AUGGAUUUCCCCCUGCCUCAUAUUCACGCUCCGCUGGAGCAGCACACCCAUACGGCCAUCUUCCUCCACGGCCGGGGAAGCAACGGGCCGGAAUUCUGUGAAGACCUUUUUACUUCUUUGACAUCAAACAUGAAGAGCCUACCAGACAGCCUGCCUAGCUGGCGUUGGGUCUUCCCAACUGCGAAGACGCGUUACAGCUCGAGGUUUCAAGAAGACGAAACAUCCUGGUUCGAUGUUUGGUCUACAGACAACAUUGAAGAGCAACAGGAACUAUCAGUCGAUGGCCUGAGAGAAUCGGUCUCUUAUAUCCUGAAACUUCUGACCGAUGAAAUUGAGCGCGUUGAUGGCGACGCCAGUCGUGUCUUUCUCUGCGGGAUCAGUCAAGGCAUGGCAACCACAUUGUGGACCUUCUUUUGCGCCGCAGGGCAGAUCAACCAACCUCUGGGCGGGAUAAUUGGCUUCUGUGGCUGGCUUCCUUUCUCUCACAAAGCGGAGGACCUGACACGCCGCCAACAGGCGAUGGAAUUAUUGCAACAAAGUAGCAACAACCCGUCCUUGAUCAAGCCAAGUAAGCUUGAUAACAAGCGACAGAUGUCAAACUUGUUCCGCGACAUCAUCGACGACCCUGGCCUCCCUCGAAUUGAUGCCUCCACUGAUAUAUCUAUUCUGUCAACCCCGGUGCUCCUAAGUCAUGGCAGAGAUGACCCGGUAGUGUCCAUUCGGCUAGGUCAUCAGGCAGCCAGAAUUCUGCAGUAUUUGAAGGUUCCGACAGAAUGGCAUUACUACAGUGACGCAGAGGCCAAUGGACAUUGGAUCAAAGAACCACAAGGAUUUGAUCAAAUGAUUGAGUUCAUCGAGAAACAUCUUCGCCGUGGUUAG